AUCGUUAAAUAAGCCUAUAUUCCAUUCAUAGUGAAGGUGCUAGUUGUCAAUAAACAUUUGCCUGAUUGCACGUAAACACUUUAAGUCUUAACAAACAGAAUUAUUUAAGUUUAAAACGUUGGUGAUUUAUUUCUGAAGUUCACACAAAACUUCAUUGCAUAUUGUGCUUUAAAAUGGCGAUGGCUAUGGAUCAAGAUAAGGAUGACAUUGUUCGCAGAGUGAUAAGACUUCUGGCGUCACAACCGAACAAUGUGAUAGGAUUUGCAGAUCUACAUGCUAACUUCAAGUCGCUCAUCGAGAAAAGACAAUUUGAAAGUCUGCUUAGGAACUAUGCCGAUCAGUUUGAGUUGUUUAAAGAUGGACAAUUAUUUGUCCGUCUUGAUAUCAAAGUAAAGGUAUGUGAAAUGCAUUGUUCAAACCAGAUCUGUCCGGGAAACAUCUCGGUCUGCAAAGGCUUACAUAUUUGUAAGAGGUAUAUUUUAUAUGGAAACUGCACACACAAUCCUUGUAUUGUUGGGCAUGACUUAACAACUUCCCAUAACAUGGAAGUUCUGAGUCAACUCUUACUGGAUCAGUUACCAAUGCCUCUUGUUGAAGAUCUCCUUAAACGUCCAAUCCAAAUAUGUGAGUUUUACAACAGGGCGGGUGGAUGCAGAAAUGAUGAAGCCGGAAAACCAUGCCCAUUUCUGCAUUUAUGUAAAAACAACAUAAUACAGGGAUGUAAGAGAAAGAACUGCCAAAGAAGCCAUUUCAUCCAUAUGAGUACAGUAAGGAAUGUCUUAGAGAAGCAUGGCAUCAGUAUGGGAAGAAUACCAAAGGAGAAUUUAGCAGAAUUCAGAAAAAUAAUGCAGGCAAAUGACGGGAAUUUUUCCAGAAGAGAUGGACCUAUUCCUGAACCGAUGGUUGAAAGAGUGAGGCAGGCAACAUCAGAUAUGGUAUCAGAAACUGCGGCAAACAACAUCCUUAACAAGAAGAUAUGCAUUUACCACUUGAAGAGUCGAUGCGCGUACUUUGAAAGGUGUUUUAAUUACCACUGUGAACUACUGUACCAGUGGUUCUACCGGUUUGAUGAUAGUGCUAACUGGGAAACAGUCGAACCCCAGGAAAACAUGCGUAUGGAACUGCACUAUAGCGAUCCAGCCUACGUUGAAUACAAAUUGUUUAUUGGAGCUAUGUUGGUGCAACUGAAGUUCAAGACCAUGAAAGGAGAGGGUGGAGGCAAGCAACUGACAUUCCAUCGGGUGUCAACAGAGACGUCGGCAAUUUUGGAUUCGCACCCCCUUGCAACAAGCUGGCAGUGGUUUUGGAUGGCAGAGAAUGGGGAUUGGAAUAAAUAUGGUGAUGAUGCAGAUGGAUACCGUUCCACAAUAUCGGGCCAGGAUCUAGAACAAGCUUACAUCUCAAACCCUGAUGGCCAGCUUAAGUUUAGUACUCAAGGGCAUGAGUAUAUACUAGACUUUGCAAAAAUGGUGCAGUGUAACCUUAAGUUCAAGACCGAGCGAGAAGUAUCAAGACGACCAAAGUUCGUAUCAAAAGAUGAGUUAGAAAGACGCAAGAAACAACCAAAAAUACAGAAACCUGCAGGAUCUGCAACAUCAGGGUUUGUCCCUGUCGCUCCGCCACACUGGAAUCUGAGACCGACCGAUGAACUGUUGAACCAUUGUGAGCUCGUUCCACUGGAUAAGCGGAAUCCCAGAAUGAACACUGAGUACAAUAGAAUUGAAAAGAUGUUUUUUGAGACCAUGCCUAACACAGUGGCUAUUGUGUCAAUCGACAGGGUGGAAAAUGGUGACCUUUGGCAUAACUAUGUAAGUAAAAAAGAUAAACUGAAAAAGAGGAACAAGGGCGUAGAUGUGGAGGAGAGACAACUCUUCUUUGGCACCAGUAAUGACACCGUGGAGGCCAUCUACAGGCAAGGUUUUGACUUCAGGCUGAAUGGAACUGCUUCAGGUGCACGUUAUGGAAAAGGCAGCUACUUUGCAACUACUGCCAAAUACUCUCACCCCUACACAGACAGACAGAAGGAAACCAUGGGGAUGUUCGUUUCUAAAGUGCUAGUUGGAGAUUACACAAAGGGAGAUAAAUCAUACAUCAGACCCCCACACAAAGACCCCCUUGAUCUGUCGAGUCCUUUGUACGACUCUUGCGUUGAUAGUGUUACAGAUCCAAAGAUUUUUGUUAUCUUCGAACUUGGUCAGGUGUACCCAGAAUACUUGAUAAAAUACAAGUCCGAUGAACUGUUGAACCAUUGCAAGCUCGUUCCAUUUGAGGAGGAAAAUGCUACGUUGAAGAAGGUGCUGGAGGUGGAAAACAUCGGGAUUAUGAGAAAAAGGCUGGAAGCACAGAAUAAACAGCUGACCGGUGAGAAUUCAAGAUUGGAGGAUGACAACUCGAAGAUGAAAGAACUUCAUCAAAGGCAGGAAGAAACGAUUAAAAAGCUGACGGAUGAGAAUUUGAGAACAAAGCAACUAGAGAAAUACUGUUUCUUGUAUUAUUGGCUGCAUUCGGACUGCCAUGUCUCUCUUGAAACACCUGCAAGAACAUACAUAAGUAUCCACCCACCAGACACAAAGGGAUUUCAUUCACAUCAACCGAACGUGGUACAAUCCCUGGAUGAGGAUAUUAAGCGCCUAGGGAAUCCAACUGAGAUUAUGCCUUUAGUCGGUCUAAAUGUUAACGAAAUAGAUGAAUGGUACAAAACAAUUGAUGUUCACUUUGAACAGUGGACUGAUGAUUACCGAAUGCUAGAAACUGCUCUCGUAAAAGGAUCAGACGACUUCAAGAAUUACUUAGCAAAACACAAACCCAGCAUUCCAAACAAAAUGUGUCCACUCUACAUCUAUUCAGCUGCCUGGGAACACACAUUGACAAACUGCGACAGCUCAAGAUGGCAUAACGAUUGAAGAUACUAACGUUCCUGAACAUAAAUUAUCUAUUUUGCAUAGCUUAUGUUUAUUAAGACCAAAGACCUCUCAUACUGUAACAAUAUAUAUGAACACUAAUUAUUUCAAAGAUUUGCUUUUAAUUAUUUUGUAUAAUUUUAUUGAUGUGUUGUGGCUUGUUUCUGGUGUUUGAAUUAGGGUACGUGGUGUUAUUAUUUAUGUGAAUUUAGUUCAUUGUCGUUAAGGUCCUUGUAGUGUGUCCAUAGUUCGACUACUGGGUUUGUCCCUGUAGUUUGUGUUGUAUUAUUGUGUAAAAUGCCAAUACAAUAUUAUUAGUGAACAUUCUAGUACUACUUGUGUGCAAUAUGUAAGUCACAUGACAGUUAAUCAUUCCGAAUCUACUAUUUUUGAUUACCGCAAAACAGUAAAUUUAAAAAUUGUAUAAACUGUCCUGUGCAUCAUAGCUGAUAUCCUACUAUGCAAUGUACUCCAUUUCGUACCUUUUAAUUUUACGCUAAAGCGAAAGUAGAUUGAAUAAUUGGCUUUGUCAUGACCGAUAUAUUGUAUACUACUCAGCAUAAGUAAAAUAAACAUGCUGUACUUCAACACCUUUUAUUUGAGUGUGCAAGUGUUGUUUCCCCCAAAAUAAGUAAUCGCUUUGAUGGGAUAGUAAGCAUGUGCACACUUUAUGGUAUUUUUAGUGAGUUGAACAUUUAAUAAAUGGUACAUAAGAAAGUAUUUGACUGUAACAGUUCUUUAAGAUGUCAUGUGUGAAAUGAAUGAUUAUAUUUUUAAACAGUUGUUGUUUCAUUAAUUAAGAAAGUAAAUAAUACAAUGGGAAAUCCGAAUUAUGAUACUUGUAGUCAAUCAAACUGGUAUUUUAAACAAAAUAAAAUAACAUGCCAAGA